CUUCGUUCUAAAAGACGAAAUGCAAAAACUUUUGAAAAAAUUUCCAAGGGCAUGAUGGAGAGAGGCCACAAUAGGGACUCUGAGCAGUGCCGCGUGAAGGUCAAGGAGCUCAGACAAGCCUAUCAAAAAACAAAGGAGGCAAACGGUCGCUCCGGGUCAGAGCUGCGGACAUGCCGCUACUACGCCGAGCUGCAUGCAAUUCUAGGGGGGGCUGCCACCACUACCCCACCUUUGUUCGUGGAUUCUGGGUCGGGGAUAGUCUCGACGCCUGAGGAUUCUGCCGAUGGGGUAGAGGAGGAGGAGGAGGAGGAGGAUGAGCUUGCAGAGAGCACACAGCACUCCAUUCUCCCCAACAGCCAGGAUCUUUUUAUCACCCUGACUGAAGUACCCUCCCAAGCCUCCCAAGCCAGUACCCAAGACUCUGACCCCAUGGAAGGGACCUCAGCAGCUGCAAAUUCCUCAAGCCUCCCUCCUCCAUCCCGAAGGUUAUCACAGAUAAGGCGUCGUAAGAAGAAGACGCGGGAGGACAUGUUUUCUGAAAUUAUGCAAUCCAGCAGGAGUGACAGAGCUCAUCUGAAUGAGUGGAAGGAAACAGUUUCAAAGUAUAGGAAAGAAGUCAGUGAACGUGAGGAGAGGAGGGACCAACGUGAGGAGAGGAGGGACCAACGUGAGGAGAGGAGGGACGAUCGAGAUCAGAGAUGGCGGCAGGAAGACCAGAGGAUGAAGGAUGCAACGCUGGGGCUGCUCCGGCGUCUGGUGGAGGUUCAGGAACGGCUGCUGGAAAACAGACUGCCGCUUCAGCCCCUGUUCCACCCUCCCCCCUCCCCAUGUUCCGUAUCCUCCUCACCCAGACGUGUAAGAACGCGGGGGGGGAGGCUCCGUACACCUUCCCAUUCCACCCCAGUAGACAGCUCAAGCAAAAGGCUGUCAUUUUUUUAACCUUUUCUUUGUGGCUUUUUCCUUCCCAGCAAUCCUCCUCCCAAAUACCACCCGGGUUCCCUCCCUCUUUUUCUAAUCUAUUAAUAAAGAAUAAAUGAUUUUUAAAUGA